GCAGCCGCUCCCGGCCGUUCCUCGCCCGCUCCGGCCGCUCCGGCAGCGUCGCCCCCCGGGCCCAUGAGCGGGCAGCGGGCGAUCGCCCCAAAGCCACCGGCGGCGGCUCCGGGAGGGAUUUUUUUGGGAAUCAGCUAUGUUUGGAUCCUGCAGCAGCCCGCAGCCCAGCCGGGAGCGGCCCCGGGGGGAUCCCGGGGGGUCCCCGGGGGGAUCUCGGGGGGAUCUCCCGCCCCUUCCCUCCGGCACGGAGACAAAUCCCAUCCUCUGCUCGUCCCUCCUGCGCCGCUCAAGGAGGUGAAGAAGGAGCCCGAGGAGGAAAAACCCCCGCGGCAGAACCUUCUGGAAGAGCCCGCUGGGAGCGGCUCCACAGCCCAGGGAUGCGAGGAGGAGAAGCCCCCGAGGGUCGGCUGCGAUUCCCGGGGGUCCCGGGGGGAAGGAGGGGUGCAGAGCUCGGAGCUGGGGCUCCAGCUGCUGCUUUUCGAUAAGAAGAAACCGCACAGGUGCGAGGAGUGCGGGAAGAGCUUCCGCAAGAAGCGUUACCUGAACCUCCACAGCAGAAUCCACACGGGGGAGAGACCCUUCAAGUGCGAGGAGUGCGGGAAGAGCUUCAGGGUGAGCUCCAACCUGACCGUGCACCUGCGGAUCCACACCGGGGAGAGACCCUACGAGUGCGAGAAAUGCCACAAGAGGUUCCAGAGGAGCUCCAGCCUCAUCAGGCACAAGCGGAUCCACACGGAGCGGAGACCUUUCUGCUGCCCCGAGUGCGGGAAGGGCUUCGGGAAGAACUCCACGCUCGUCGCCCACCUGAGGAUCCACAGCGGGGAGAGACCCUUCAAGUGCGAGGAGUGCGGGAAGAGGUUCAGGGUGAACUCCAACCUGGUCACCCACCAGAGGAGCCACAACAGGGAGAGACCCUACGAGUGUGAGAAAUGCUCCAGGAGGUUCCAGAGCAGCUUCAGGCUCCUCCAGCACCAGCAGGUCCACACGGAGGAGAGACCCCACGAGUGCCCCGAGUGCGGGAAGGGCUUCAGGAAAAAAUCCCAGCUCGUGGCCCACCGGCAAAUCCACAGCGAGGAGAGACCCCACGAGUGCCCCGAGUGCGGGAAGGGCUUCAGGAAGAUCUACACGCUGGUGUCCCACCUGAGGAUCCACACGGGGGAGAGGCCCUACGAGUGCGAGAAAUGCCACAAGAGGUUCCAGAGCAGCUCGCACCUGCUCCGGCACCAGACGAUCCACACGGGCGAGAGGCCCUUCCGCUGCCCCGACUGCGGGAAGCGCUUCAACCGCAACUCCAACCUGACGGCCCACCGGCGCAUCCACAGCGGGGAGAGGCCCUUCAGGUGCGAGAAGUGCCCCAAGAGGUUCCGCACCAGCACCACGCUCCUGCGGCACCGCUGGAUCCACGCGGGCGAGUGGCCCUUCCGCUGCCGCGACUGCGGGAAGGGAUUCAGGAGCGGUGCCCACCUGGUGAGGCACCGGAGGAUCCACAGCGGGGAGAAACCCUACGAGUGUCCCCAGUGCGGGAAGGGAUUCGCGCAGAGCUCCAACAUGAGCCGGCACCGGCGGAGCCACGAGGGAGGGGAGAGCUCCGUCCCCCGCCGGUGAUCCCCGGUGAUUCCUGGUGAUCCACGGUGAUCUGUGGUGAUUCCCUCGCGAUCUGUGGUGAUCCCAGGUGAUUCCCGGUGAUCCGUGGUGAUCUGUGGUGAUCCCAGGUGAUUCCUGGUGAUCCACGGUGAUCUGUGGUGAUUCUCUGCUGAUCUGUGUGAUCCCAGGUGAUUCCCGGUGAUCCGUGGUGAUCCCCGGUGAUUCCCGGUGAUUCCUGGUGAUCCACGGUGAUCUGUGGUGAUCCACGGUGAUUCCUGGUGAUCCACGGUGAUCU